AUGUCCCGUAUUUUUCUUCUUUUCCUAACUUUAAAGAUAAAUUGUAUAUCACUAAGUAUUCAGGAGGAAAUAGAACUCAAAGGUAAUUCUUUGAUUGCCAGCCUGAUGAUAGGACCUUGUAGAUCUUCUACCUGAUGAAUUGGAAAACUUAAUGGAUAGUCUGACUUCAGAAGAAGAAGAAAAGUUCGUUAACUCUGAGAAUGUGGAAGAUCCGGAAUUGGCGGUCAAAUUGAUGACAAGUUAUCAACUGAUCAACGAAAAAACGAGUAAAUUGAAUCAACCAGCCCGGGAUUUCUUGAAUGACGUAACCAUGAUUUCACACACUACCUUUGUUUUCUACAUUUACAGCAAUGUAUUAAAAAAAGAUUUUAGUUGUUCAACGAUCUCUACGAAAGUGAUGAUAAAGAAUUGAAAGGUCUCUCCCAAAAGUAUUUGGGACGAUGGAAUUUGCUAUCAGAAUCGGAAAGAACGGGCGUUCAGGUGGUGUACCCAAAGAUUUUCAAUACUCUGAACAGUAAGCAUAGCAUUCAGUACCACUUAUCUUCUUAUCUUUGUAUUUUGUGCCGUUUCUUGAAUCCCUUUGAGUGAGCAUUUAUAUUUUAUUUUUCAGGUAAAAAAUUCAAGGACUUUGCCAAGAUGAAGUGA